UACAAUUUCCUCGGUAAAAAUCAUUAAAAUUGUUAACACAGGCGCGCGUCUCGAGCGAAUAAAAAGCGUAUAACAAGGUUGAAAUUGAAAGGGAAUGGGCAAAAAUUCGCCGAUUGAGUGAACAUUCCUUCCGCGCAUCCGAAUUCCGAUGAGAGAGUGAUGGGGUUUGAAUCUGGUGAUUGCUGCUGUAGUGCCGAAGAGAAGGUCAUAUUGGGCGUUGACGGCGGGGCCACCAACACUGUAUGCGUUUGUCUGCCGCUACUUCAAUUGUCCGACCAUCGACUGAUGCUCGAUCCUCUCCCAAUUCUAGGCCGCGCAUACGGUGGUUGCUCGAAUUAUAACAGCGCGGGAGAAACUGCAGCCAGGGAAACACUAGAACAACUUAUAACAGAAGCUCUUUCAAGAGCAGGCAAGAAUCAUUCAGCUGUUUCUGCUGUUUGCUUAGGGGUUUCUGGUGUGAAUAAUGCAUCUGAUCAGGAGAGAAUACUGAAUUGGAUGAGGGCAAUAUUCCCAGGCCAUGUAAAGAUAUACGUGCACAAUGAUGCUGUAGCAGCUCUCGCGAGUGGAACAAUGGGAAAGCUACAUGGUUGUGUUCUGAUUGCUGGUACGGGAUGCAUUGCAUAUGGAUUUACCGAUGAUGGAAGAGAAGCUCGAGCUGCUGGUGCUGGACCUGUGUUAGGUGACUGGGGAAGUGGUUAUGGGAUUGCUUCUCGAGCAUUGACAGCAGUGAUGAAGUCACACGAUGGCCGUGGUCAAGAAACUAUGCUUACAAAGCAUGUCCUGGACUUCCUUGGUCUUUCCACUCCAGAUGAAAUCAUAGGGUGGACCUAUGCAGAUUCGUCUUGGGCCAGAAUUGCAGCACUUGUUCCUGUUGUAGUAUCUUGUGCUGAAGCUGGUGAUCAAAUUGCAGAUGAGAUCUUGCAUAAUGCAGUUGAAGAAUUGGCACUAACUGUUAAAGCUGUUGUGCAGCGACUAUCUUUGGCUGGGAAAGAUGGAAAUAAAUCUUUCCCUGUUGUCAUGGUUGGUGGGGUUCUUGAAGCCAACAAGAAGUGGGAUAUAGGGAAAGAAGUAACUGACAUGAUUUUGAAGGCCUACCCAAGCGCUUGCCCUAUAUGGCCAAAGGUGGAACCUGCCAUUGGAGCUGCCUUGUUUGCUAUGAACUCCAUGAUGAAAGAACACGAAGAAAAUGGCCACAGAUGACACUAUAAUUAUCAAAACCUAAGGGUUGCUAGGAGAUCUCUUAAUCCCAGUCAUCCAGAGGGAGUAUUCUGUACAAUCAAUUAAUUAUCAAAUGGUUCCAAUGUCCAAAAUGUUUCAGGCUGACUCUUCCCUAUGCCAAGAUUAUGACAUUCAUCCAACUUCUGACAUUUUCUGUACUUACUACUACUUACCACAGUAUCUAUUGUCAGUUACUUUCCCUCAUUUAGUGUUCUGUUUCUGUACUCCCCACACUAGAAAGAGCAAAAUGGCUCAUUAGGACAUUUGUAAGGAUAUGUUGUGGCUAUUUAGAUAAAACCCUCCAGGCUUCAAGUGCA